CUGAUCUGUAAACUUUUAAGCGACCAGAUUCGAGUGAUCGUCAAAGGAUUUUACAGCUUCGACACGGACGUUAGCAAAUUUAAAGAUCAUCUGCGAGAUUUCUUGGUUCAGAUUAAGGAACAUUGCAACGCUGACACAUCGGAUCUGUACCUCGAAGAACGAGAAAAGCAGAUUCAGGAAGCCCAACAGGAGAAACAACGUGUGAUUGCAACUGUUCCCGGUAUUUUGAAUCCACACGAAAUUCCAGAAGAAAUGCAAGACGCGGCUCACACGGUUCUGACGAUGGCGAUCGUUUGCGGCGACGACGAUGUUGUGCGCUUGUUGAUCGACAAGGGGGCAGACGUAAACAACAUCGACAAUGAGAAACGGUCGCUGGUUCACUGGGCGACGGUGUGCGGUCGGACGAACGUGCUCGAACAGCUGAUGGUCAAAGGGGCUUUGGCGUCCACUGCCGACGUGUACGGCGUGUUCCCGAUUCACUACGCAACGCAGAUCAACGACGGUGACAUAGCCGUUCAGGUGCUGACUGUUCUGCUGCGCUCCGGCGUCGACCCGAACGUCGUCGAUGCCGACGGCCGAACUCCACUUCACUGGGCCGCGCUUUCGGGUAAGGCUGUAAAGGCAGUGUCUUCUGAUUUCACCGUAAACGAUGUGCGUAUGACAGUGAGCUGGAUGAUAUCUAGAACUUUUAUGAAAGAGCUGGGGUGGGAUUUUUGGAUGCCAGUUAUUCAUUAACG